GGCGGCGAUACUAGCGUGUUCGACAUUGCGGCGGGUUAAAUGGAACAAGGUUAAACGUUCGAAAUAAGGAAAAAGAAAAACAAAGUGAUUUCCUUGCAGCGUUCCAUUGACCUCGUCGACUCAAUUGAGCACCUCAUAUCCCCGGAUCAAGUCCCGCCUCAAAAAACACCCGAAUCUCCCAAGAUCCCACAAAUCACCACCACCAAAAAUAUGGCCGACCCCGCCGCCGCCGCCCGCGCCGACCUCACGAAGCGCCAGCUCCCCUCCAUGACCCUGGCCACGGGUCUCGCUGACCUCCCCGGCGCGGCCCUCCGCACCGCCUCCGCCCAAGACACCGCCACCGACCGCUUCGCCGUGCCCGGCACCGCCGUCAUCACCGGGGGCACCGGGGCCAUCGCGCGCGCCGUCUCCCGCGCGCUCCUCCAGCACGGCCUCACGGGCCUCCUCCUCCUCGACCUCGACGUCGCCUCCCCCGCCGCCCGGGCCCAGGUCGCCUCCCUCCGCGACGAGUUCCCCGCCGCCGCCGUCGAGGCCCGUGCCGUCGACGUCACGGACGAGGCCGCCGUCGCCUCGGCCGUCGACCACGCCGUCGGCGCCCUCGGCGGCGUCGACUACCUCGUCUGCCUCGCCGGCGUCGUCAGCUGCUCGCACGCCCUCGACACCCCCGCCGCCGAGUUCCGCCGCGUGCUCGACGUCAACACGACGUCCGCCUUCGUCUGCGCCCAGGCCGCCGCCCGCGCCAUGGUCCGCGGCGGCCGCGGCGGCCGCGUCGUCUUCACCGCCUCCAUCUCGGCCCACCGCGUCAACUACCCGCAGCCCCAGGCCGCGUACAACGCGAGCAAGGGCGCCCUGCUGCAGCUCAAGAGCAGCCUCGCCGCCGAGUGGGCCCGCCACGGCAUCACCGUCAACAGCGUCAGCCCGGGCUACGUCGACACCGUCCUCAACGAGGGCGAGGGCCUGGCCGAGGCCCGCGCCGUCUGGGCGAGCCGGAACCCCUCGGGGAGGAUGGCCAUGCCCGAGGAGAUCGCCGGCGUCGUCGUCAUGCUCUGCUCGCGCGCGGGGAGCUACUUCAACGGGAGCGACCUGGUCGUCGACGGGGGCGGUAUUGUUUUCUAAGACAGAAGGGUUCGUCGUCAGGGGGGGGGGUGGUGUGGAUGGGUGGGUCUAUUAGAGGGUGUGCGGUGCUUUCUUUUGCUCGCCGUCUUGAAUGGUGAUGAAAGAGAUGGGGCGAAAUGACUAUGUGCUGGCUAGGCUGCAAACGUAGCGGUUUUUAUACCUUGUUCCAACGGCGCCCUCGAAGCGAUGUGGUCCCUGUGAAUGAUUCUGUGUGGA